UACAGAAAAAGAGAGCAUGAAGAGACUGUAGACAUUGUGAACAACGAGAAAUAAGCAACAAGUGCACUGUAAACGUAAACACGUUGUUUUCGGAACUAAAUUCGAACCAUUGCGAUACGGUCAUAUGUUAAAAAGAAAAGAAACAGCUCCCAGCCGCUCACCCUCUGGCACUUGACUUCACAUCCAGCCAAUCGGAUGGCCUUGACUCAGGCUGUGCUGCCAUCCUUCAGCUCCUUCUCAAACUUAUUUCACUCCAAUGACAAUAUGAAGGUGAAGAUGUUUGAGAAUGUCUCACUCAGUCUGGAGUCACCAAGCAAGAGACAGUUAACUGGCAACACGGACCAGGAACAGGUUCCUCAGCAAAUGACAAAGGAUAACCUAGAUGAUGAAGGCAAUGUCUCCUGGGACAUGGAGUUCCUACUGUCGGACUGGACCAACAUAUCACCUGAAAUGAAUCCAUCCAUGCACAACAACACUCAACAGCUUCCUCAGCUGGACCAGAGUGGACUGUACCAAGAUGGAGGGGUGCCAGAGCAGCAGGUAGCACCAGAAAGGCUCCAUAUGGGCACCAGUAGCCUCAUGACUGAGCUUCUAUCCCCUAUAGAAACCAUUGAUGUAUCCCUCCCAGAACUGUACAACACAGGGUACAGCAAUGACCAACAACAAGCGCAACCAACUGUGGACCACUAUGGUUUCCCGUUUGCCCAAAACCAGGAGAGACACCACGAGAGAGCCAAUAUAGGCCUGAACAAGGUCAAAUCCUGGGACUUUACGGGACACUACUACCCUCAACACCCCUCAAUGGCGACCAACGCCAACCCUCGCUUCAUCCAAGCCUCGAACAUGACCCCUGACCCCAGACACUACAGCUACGUCCCUGGGUACUCCCUCCACCCCGGCCUCUACCGCCACCAGGCCAAUUACACACACAGCCAACCCCCAAGCCAUUUCCCCCACUCGCACACGCACCUGGCUGGCCCUUUGGCACCCUCUGCAGAGGUGAUGGGGAAGCGUGCGCGGAGGACAACCACAAAAAAGAGAGCUGCCAUUCAUUGCUGUGAAUACCUCGGCUGUAGCAAGACCUACACAAAGAGCUCCCACCUUAAAGCUCACCUUCGCACUCACACAGGGGAGAAGCCCUACCACUGCACCUGGGAGGGCUGCGGUUGGAAAUUUGCACGAUCUGAUGAGCUGACGCGUCACUUCCGCAAGCACACGGGCCAGAAGCCGUACGAGUGCCUGCUCUGUCAGCGGGCCUUCUCCCGCUCCGACCACCUGGCCCUGCACAUGAAGAGACACGCCUGAGCUGAAGGGGGGGAUACACACACUGUUUUGCUCUCUUUGUCUCGCACACAGACACACACAGUAUUCUCGUGGAGCGGAGAUCACACACACCCACAUUAACACACACACACACACACAUACACCAACAGCACUUACCUAAAGGCAGGUAACACUGAGUCGACAUUUAGACUGAACACUAAAAAAGGCCUCUGUUGAGUGUUGUCACAUAAAGGACCUGAGUGCCCAUGAUACAAAGGCCAAAUAUCAAACAAGUCAUUUUGUUAGGUCAACUCUGUUGUCAAAUUGGGUGAUAUCUUUUAAAAAGGGAACUUUAUUUAAAAAAAAAUAAGAUUAGGAACUAUAUUCAUGGGUUUUAAUCUUUUCUGUAAGAUUUUUUUUUAUAGAACAUAGUUCAUAGAUGUUUAGGUAUGUUUCCUUAUUUUCGUUUCAUGCUCAGUUUGUUGAUUGUUUGGAUUUAUGAUAGGUAGCUUCAGAAGGAAGCAAUUACGGCUGUAAAUAUUUAAUCACUCCGUUCAACCACGGCAAACUUAAUUUAAAUUACAAUUUUCCAAUUUUAUAUUUAUUUUUAAGACUUUAAAUACAGAUGUAAUAUAAUAGCUUGAAAUUUUUAAUAUAAAUUUUUUACUAUUGAACGUCUUAAAAGUCAUAUUCCGUAGGUAGCUCAAACUUCUUUUGGCGACUAACAGCUUUGAUGAGCGUUAUUCGUCCGGAGCAGUCUGUUGCACUUUCUCAAUCGUCUCGCAAGGUAGGCUAUUCUAACUGCGGUUUAAGAAUUUCGAAAUGUUCUCAUCCAUUUGUAUUACUUACUUGCACAUUUAAAUAAAGCUUAUU